AUGGACGCCACCGCCGAGGACCUGACAACAAGCGGUGCCGCCCGGAAGAGGAUCUCGACCGCGUGCGAGGCCUGUCGGGCAACCAAGAUCAGGUGCCAGCCCAGUGAGCAGCCCGGCGUUUGUCAAAAGGCGGAAGAAAGCAGUAGCUCCCGGCCUCUGCCCCCGCCGCAGCAAGGCCCUGGCCCGUCGAGCACAUUCAGCAUCGACUUUGCGGUACCCGCCAAGCCAGAAGUCGACGACAAUUUCGAUACGCUGCGGGAGUCGCACGCGCAGUUCAUCGAGAAGCUGUUCCCGGAGGAUGACGACGCCGUCUCCAUGUCGGACCUGACGACGACGUCGUUUGGAGGCGGUCUUCAGACACCGCCCAGCUCGUCGGCGCACUCGCACUCGAUCCAGGACUUUCAGGGCAAGCCUUCGUUCAACCUGGCGUCCGCCGAAUCUCUCCUCAAGUCAUUCCGGUCAAUGCUGCAGUUCUUUCCCUGCAUCCUGCUGCCUCCGGAUGCCACCGUUUCUCACCUCGCGGCGACGCGGCCCUUUGUCCUGCUGGCCAUAUUGGCUGCUGCGUCAGGCUCGCGGACCCUCCAGGGGCACAGCCUAUAUGAUGACGAGUUUCGAAAGGUGCUGGGUCUGAAGUUUGUGGCUGGUGGGGAGAGGAGCCUGGAGCUCCUCCAAGGCAUUCUGAUCUACUGUGGAUGGUACCCGUUCCACUUGCGACCGAAAAAUAAGCAAGCUAUCCAGUAUAUUCGCAUGGCCACCGACUUGAUUCAGGACUUGGAGCUCGAUCAAGAGUUUGAGACGAGCACCGAUCCCAUGGCGCCCGAGGUUACCGAGCAACAACUCGAUGGCAUCCGAGCGUACAUGGCAUCCAUCUAUAUGGUCUCUACCUUCGUCGUCACGUGGAAAAAUAGAAAGGGGAUGAGCGUGUCGUUCAGUUCCUGGACCAACACAUGCAGCGAGAUUCUCGACCGCAAUGCUCAGGUCGAGGGCGACAAUGUGCUAGCCAGCCUGUACCGUCUCUCUGGCAUACUCUACGAAGCUGCCGAGGCUAUCCACGAGCGCAAGGGGCAGAGCGAACAGCACGGCAGGCUGCUGCUCGCGGGCCUGGAGCUCCAGUUUCGAGAGCUUCAGAGCAUGACGUCGCCGUCCAUCGCGGCCUCAGUUCCUAUAAAAUUGCAAACCAUGUUCAACAGCAUCUACCUUGAUGGCGGAGCGAUUCUCAAACUGCCACAGGGGACGUACUCCGCGUCGUUAUGUAGCGGGCCACUUCCACCGACGGCCAGCAAGCUGCGGGACGCUACGUGCAAGCUGAAGCUCUUCCUGGACCACGUCAGUAACUUGGAGGAGCCUACCUUCCUGGCCUUUACCCUCAACGACUGGACGCGCCUCAUCCUCGCCAUCAUCCUCGCCCUACGCCUCUCCUUCCCAGUCUCGCAGUGUCCCGAGUUCGACACAGCCUGGGCCCGCUCACAGCUCCAGUUUGGCGACUUUCUUGCACGCAUGUGCCGCGAGGAGGACCUCACGCCCGCGUCCAAGAAGGUCGACGUGCUGUCCGCCAGCCGGGUCGUCAUGCGCGUCGUCAGGGACAAGUACGAGAGGCGCGUGCGGGCGGCGCUCGAGGGAGCGGCCUUGCCGGGCAAGGGCCCCGGGUGUCCGAUGCUGGACGGGAGCUUGGAGCAGUACUUUCCGAUAUGGGAUGCUGGGUUCGCGCCGAUGGGGACGCCGCACGGGCAUGCGCCAGAUGGGUCCGGUGGGACGGCGGCUCAGCCCGUCUUUCACGAUCUAUGGGCGACAAUGACGAUGGGGUGGGCCAGCGGCGAAGGCAUGUUUGGAGAUGCGGACUGA